UCCCCUAUAGCCAGAAUUGGAAGAUCCUAAAAAACCACCAUUAUUUGCGCAUGCGCUUCUCAAUAGAGCUCUGAGGACACAAGAUGGCGUCAACAGCGGAUUACAGUACCUACAAUCAGGCUGGAGCCCAGCAAGGGUAUGGCUCCUAUGCAGCCCAGCCAACUCAAACUUAUGGACAGACUACACAGAGCUACGGUCAACAGGCUUAUGGAACUUAUGGCCAACCUUCUGAUUCCACUUAUACCCAGCCACAGUCCUCUGCAGCUGCCUAUGGACAGGCAGCCUAUGGGACCACAUAUGGACAGCCACCUGCUGCAGAAGGGACCAAUACAGCAGGUUACACUGCAGCCCCUGCAGCCCCCCAGGGAUACACCCAGCCUGUGCAGGGAUAUGGGACAGCAGGAUAUGACAGCACCACAGCAGCGGCCUCCACCACCUCUACCCAGGCCUCCUAUGGUACCCAACCAGCCUAUGGCUCCCAACCUGCUUAUGCCGGCUAUGGGCAGCAGCAGCCAGCCUCCACUGCACCCACAAGAGCACAGGAAGUCAGCAAACCACAGGAGAAUACCCAGGCCCAGUCUAACCCAGCCGGCUAUAGCCAAGCCAACCUGGGCUACAGCCAGAAUAAUUACGGUUACCCCCAGGUGCCUGGCUCUUACCCUGUCCAGUCAGUCAGUGCCCAGGCUUCCUACCCUCCUACCAGCUACAGCGCUGCCCCUACCCAGCCUAGCAGCUAUGAACAGAGUACCUACUCCCAGCCUGCAGGCUAUACCCAGCAGCAGAGUGGAUAUGGGCAGCAGGCAAACUAUAACCAACAAAGCUCCUAUGGUCAGCAGGGAAGCUAUGGACAACAGCCCAGCAACUACCCACCUCCGUCCAGCUCCUCAUACAGUCAGCCACCUCCUAGCCAGUAUGGUCAGCAGAGUGGUGGUGGUGGCGGCGGCAGCAGCGGUGGCAACUAUGGGCAACAAGGUGACUACAAUCAACAGAACCAGUAUAGCAGUUACAGGCAGGAUCACCCUAACAGCAUGAGUGGUGGCGGCUUCUCGGGGCCAGAGCCAGGAGGCUUCCCUGGUCUAGGGGAGAGCCGUGGUAUGGGAGGUGGGGAGAGCCGGAGCCGUGGAAGAGGAGGCUUUGACAGGGGAGUCAUGAACAGAGGAGGAGGGCGUGGGGGACUUGGGCGAGGAGGCAUGGGCAUCGCUGGAGACAGAGGUGGCUUCAUUAAGCCUGGUGGCCCCGUGGAUGAUGGACCAGAUCCAGAGCCUGCUCCUAAAGAAACGGAUGACUCUGAAAACAACACGGUUUAUGUUCAGGGGCUGUGUGAAAAUGUAACGUUGGAGGAAGUAGCAGACUUCUUCAAGCACUGUGGAAUCAUUAAGAUUAACAAGAGAACCGGCCUGCCUGCCAUUAACAUUUACACGGAUAAAGACACUGGGAAGCCAAAGGGAGAUGCAACAGUGAGCUAUGAAGAUGCUCCAAUUGCCAAAACAGCAGCAGAGUGGUUUGAUGGCAAAGACUUCCAGGGUAAGAAGCUGAAGGUGUCCAUGGCUCGGAGGAAGCCCCUGAUGGGCCUCAUGCGAGGGGGAAUGAUGCCCCGGGAUAUGAGAGGCCCGCCUCCAGGACGUGGUGGUAUGAUGGGCCGUGGUGGUGGUGGAAGAGGAGGCGACAGGGGUGGAUUCCCUCCCAGAGGGGGACCACGUGGGGGAGGAAGAGGGGGGCCCGUGGGUGGAAACAUGCAGCAGAGAGCUGGAGACUGGCAGUGCCUCAACCCUGGCUGUGGUAACCAGAACUUUGCCUGGCGGAUGGAGUGCAAUCAGUGCAAAGCUCCCAAACCUGAAGGAUUCAUGCCUCCUCCAUUCCCUCCACCAGGUGGUGAUCGGGGAAGAGGUGGUCCCGGUAUGCGUGGAGGCAGGGGGAUGGACCGCGGGGGUCCUGGUGGGUUCAGAGGAGGGCGAGGAGGAGAUCGUGGGGGCGGAUUCCGAGGGGGCCGAGGGAUGGACAGAGGAGGAUUCGGAGGGGGUAGGAGGGGUGGUCCACCCAUGGAGCUGAUGGGAGGUCGGGGAGGUAGAAGAGGAGGAGGACCCCCGGGGAAAAUGGAGAUGAAGGGGGAUCAUCGUCAGGACCGUCGUGAUAGACCCUAUUGAAGUACAGCGCAACCUACGUGAAUUCCCAUAUAAUACAGGAUUUAUUUUUUAAAAUAGUACACAUUUUAAAGUUAUAAUUCCAUAUUUAUAAGGUUGGCAUCAUUUAUUAUGGAAAGUUUUUUUGUUCCAGCAUUCUUUCAUUGCUAAUAGUGAUAACAAAGAAAUGUCAUGUUGGCUUCAGUGAAUUUCUACUGUUUGUUUUUUUUUUUUUCUUUUUUUAGUUCCGGUUAAACGUAUAUGAAGUAAAUAAGAACUACUGAACGCAUGCUUGAACACUCGAGUACAGACAACAGAUUGUGGAAGGUGUUAUGUUUGUGUAACUUGUGACAUGCCGUUUUUAAAAAUGUUUCGAUGUAUCAACCCCCACGUCACCUUUUCCUUUUUGAAACUCAUUUCCUUUGAAGAAAAAAAAAGAAAAAAACUUUGAAAAAUUAAAGAAAUUCAAUGUACAAAAAAUGUUUGCCUCUUUUAAUGCCAUUUUAAUAUUAGGGGCGUCUGACUGUACCUCUGUCACACUUGCAUUGUUUCAUAUAGGUGGAAAGCAGCUAAUUCAAAUUGUAAUGAAACUUGGAAUUUAAUAUGUUUACUAAUCACAUCUAGGUCUUUAAAUACUACUUACAAUUUUCAUUAAACUGUUCUUGCUGUUUACUGCUCUUUGCUGUA